AUGAGUAAGCAUAUGUAUUCCACUGCAAAUUUGACCGACAAAGAACUCAAGGAACAGGGCAACAGACUGUUUAGCUUACGACGUUUCGAAGAUGCUAUGAACUGCUACACAAAAGCAAUCAUAAAAAAUCCAUCAGUUGCUACAUAUUUUACUAACCGUGCACUAUGUCAUUUGAAGAUGAAGAGAUGGGAGUCUACUUGCCAAGAUUGUCGACGAGCUUUAGACAUAGAUAGUAAUCAAGUGAAGGGACAUUUUUUCUUAGGACAGGCACUUGUAGAACUUGAAUGCUAUGACGAAGCUAUAAAGCAUUUGCAUAGAGCUAGUGAUUUAGCAAGAGAACAAAAAUUAAACUUCGGUGAUGACAUAGCAGCUCAGAUACGUAUAGCUAGAAAAAAGAGAUGGAAUGUUCAAGAGGAAAAAAGGAUAUCUCAGGAAAUUGAACUUCAAACAUACUUGAAUAGAUUAAUAAAUGAGGACUUACAGCGUAGAAUAGAAUCAAUCAAAGUAGACAAUUCAAAUGAAGAAGAAGCUAACACAAAAAUAUCAAAGGCUGAAGAAGAAUGUAAUAACUACAGUAGCGAGUUAAAUAAUCUCUUUUCUAAAAUCGACGAACGUCGCAGGAAGCGUGAUGUUCCUGAUUACCUGUGUGGUAAAAUCAGCUUUGAAAUAUUAAAUGAACCGGUAAUCACACCAAGUGGCAUUACUUAUGAACGAAAGGAUAUUGAAGAACAUCUUGAGCGAGUCGGCCAUUUUGAUCCGGUGACCCGCGUAAAGUUGACAGCGGAUCAGCUGAUUCCUAACUUCACCAUGAAGGAGGUAGUCGACGCCUUUUUGCAAGAAAAUGAAUGGGCGUUGGACUAUUAA